UUUCAGCUUCAGUCGAUUCUUUGGUCAUCAUCCAUGAGCUCUGACAUUACCACUACUGAAUCAAAGCAGCAGCAGCAGAUCGCGUCUGAGGCUCAGCUCGGCGCCAAGUGGGACCGCUGCUUCACCAACAUGCUCGUGCACACUGGCGUUGGCGCGGGCGUCGGCAUCGUCCUCUCGCUGAUCUUCUUCAAGCGUCGUAUGGCGCCAGUCUACCUGAGCACCGGAUUUGCGAUUGGAACCGCUUACCAGCAAUGCCAGGACGACUUUGCAAGCGCUCGGGCAACAGGCAAAGUGGUGCGCAUUUCUGAAGCUGCGUUGCAACAGUUUGUGCAGCAGCAAGAGAAGCAGCAGAAGCAGCAAUGACCUGUUUUGUCAAUAUUUGGCCCCGAAAGCUGGAAUCGAACGAAGCCUUGUUUUCGCAAGGUGUAUCGCCAAAGCGCGUCUUGAACAACGAAGGGGAUGCAUGCAAUGUGCGACUGUCCAUGUUCAUGCGGUGAUCACACUCGAACUGCAGCUCCUUUGUUCAACAAUUUGUACAAUGUGUUUUUUUUUUUUCCUGUUUUUGUCCCCCGUUCACAAUGUGCACAAGGUGUGCCUUCAUCUCGCAACACCAAGCACAAAUACCAAACAUCAACUCUGCUCCAGGCUCAUGUCGAUGGGAGUGAUCAUAUUGCUGCAACAAUCAAAACAAAAACUACCAAUUUC